AUUGCAGCUGCCCAUCCCUCUUUGUGGUCCAUUUCGAAUCCUCUCUACUCAGUGUAAAGUUCAUUCCGGUUCAAGAUGGAGAAUCUAAUCCCGGUUAUGAACAAACUGCAGGAGGUGUUCGCGACUGUAGGCAGUGACUCGAUACAGCUUCCACAGAUAGUGGUUGUCGGAAGCCAGUCUUGUGGCAAGUCUUCUGUUCUCGAGAACCUUGUCGGCCGAGACUUCCUGCCGAGAGGAGUCGGAAUUGUUACUCGGCGACCUCUUGUUUUGCAGCUAGUUCACCUCAGCGAGGAGGACCGGGUUCGGUUUGGAGCCGAAGACAAUGUAUCCUCUGAUGUCGAAGAAUGGGCAAAGUUUGGCCAUACGAAAAACAAAGUCUAUACCGACUUUGACGAAGUGCGAAAGGAAAUCGAACGUGAAACUGACAGACUCGCGGGGUCAAACAAGGGCGUUCUAAAUGAACCAAUGUACUUGAAGAUUUUCUCCAACAAUGUGCUGACUUUGACCUUGGUGGAUUUGCCAGGUAUCACAAAGGUUCCAGUGGGUGAACAACCAGAAGACAUUGAAUCUCAGAUCCGUGAAAUGAUUGCGUUUUAUAUUCAGAAUCCAAACGCUAUUAUUCUUGCUGUACACGCAGCCAACACAGACUUUGCUACAUCUGAGGCACUGAAAAUUGCAAAAGAUAUGGACCCGGAAGGUAGAAGGACAUUAGUUGUUGUGACAAAACUUGAUCUCAUGGAUGCUGGAACAGAUGCAUUGGACGUCCUAUGUCAUAGAGUAAUUCCUGUGAAGCUUGGAAUCAUCGGUGUCGUAAAUAGAAGUCAGCUGGACAUCAAGCAGCAGAAAUCGAUCCAGGAGGCUCUCAAAGAUGAAAUUUCAUUUAUUCAGAAAAAGUAUCCAGCGAUUGCUAAUAGAAAUGGAACGCGGUUCUUAGCUAAGACUUUGAAUAGACUCCUCAUGAAUCACAUCAAAGAGUGCUUGCCAGAGCUGAAAACCAGAAUUAACGUCAUGACCUCCCAGUUUCAAAUGCUUAUAGCAUCAUACGGAGAGCCUAUUGAAGAUGAAGGUCAAUUUCUGCUCCAGGUAAUUACCCGAUUCGCGACAGAGUAUUGCAACACGAUAGAAGGAACCGCGAGAAACAUCGAAACUGCUGAAUUGUGUGGAGGUGCGCGAAUAUGUUAUAUUUUCCACGAAACGUACGGAAGAACCUUGGACACCAUUGAUGCUUUAGGAGGCCUGACAACCAUGGACAUAUUGACUGCAGUUAGAAAUGCAACCGGUCCUCGGCCUGCGCUAUUUGUGCCUGAAGUCUCGUUUGAGUUACUUGUUAAGAAGCAAAUUACUAGACUCGAAGAUCCCUGUCUGAGGUGUGUAGAGUUAGUUCACGAAGAAAUGCAGCGAAUCAUUCAGCAAUGCGGAACCUCAGAAAUGAUCCGAUUCCCAAGACUCCAUGAAAAGAUUGUAGAUGUUGUCACGCUUCUUCUCAGACGCCGACUUCCUGUUACUAACGAGAUGGUUUCGAACCUGGUGCGCAUCGAACUUUCCUACAUCAACACUAAACAUCCUGAUUUUUCAGACGCCGGACUUGUGGACACUUUAAUCAACACUAAAAACGAGGCACAACAGCAGAUGCUUAUGGACUCUGGUGGUGAUCCUGCUAAUGCUAGACGACCAACUAACAGAAAUCCCGAUGGCUCUAGUCUUACUGGAACCGCUACAGCACCCAUGUCAAACGGACCUUCGAUGGGAUCUAGCUUCGGGUUUAAAGGAGCCAGUUUGAUUCCAGACAUGACGCUUCAGACACCAGUGAGGAAAUUGACUCCGAGAGAACGUCGUGAUGUGGAAAUAAUUCAGCGUCUGAUCAAAAACUACUUCCUAAUAGUGAGGAAAAACAUCCAAGACAGCGUACCAAAAGCUAUAAUGCACUUCCUUGUGAACCAUGUUCGAGACAGCAUUCAAAGUGAGCUGGUCUCCAAGCUGUAUAAAUCGGACGGAGCUGGUUCGUUGUUGAACGAAAGCAAAGAGAUGUCGCAGAGACGACAGGAAGCUCAGGAAAUGUUGGGUGCGCUUCAAAAGGCAUCGCAAAUCAUCAGCGAAGUCAGGGAAACGCAACUAUGGUGAAAAGAGAAAGUAAAAACCUGACAAAUGAUUUAGUCAAGUAUACAAAUAUUUCACACUGACAUCAAGGGCUCUAAAAUUCAUAGUUAUUUUCCAUUGUUUUCUAAUCUGUUUCAUAAAACAAAACGAAUCGUGCAGUGCAGAUAUUUCUCUUUGGAUAAUAACAAACAAUAUGCUUCGAUGUAUUUUCUCUGUUCUCCCUAUAAAUUAUUUUGCAGCAAUUCAUAGACUGUUUCAAGCACAACCUCGACAACCUUGUUGUACAAGAAGCUAUUUCAUCCAAAUGUGGCUGCAUGUUGAGAAGUACCGAUUGUAGUUUUAUGUAUUUUCAAAAUUUCAGUUCAAAUGAAACUCCCAAUAAACUAGUAUGCCCUGUAGCCCAGGUGUCUCCUCUUUGUUAAUUUUCGAAGUCAAAUGCAUUCACACUAUAUUGAAUAAAAUAAUUUUAUUACUUACUUGGACUGUAAUUUGGAAUUAAUUUUGAUACUAUA